AUGGAAAAGAUAAAUGAAACCACUGUGACCGAAUUCUUCCUAAAGGGCCUUUCUGGCUAUCCCAGACUUGAGAUCAUUUUCUUUGUGCUGAUUCUGGUAAUGUAUGUGGUCAUUCUUCUGGGCAAUGGCAUCCUCAUUGUAAUCAGCAUCCUGGACCCCCACCUCCACACUCCCAUGUAUUUCUUCCUCAGUAACCUCUCUUUCUUGGACAUCUGCUACACAUCCACCUCUAUUCCUCCUACACUGGUGAGCUUUUUAUCUCAAAAGAAAAGCAUUUCUUUUUCUGGGUGUAUAAUUCAGAUGUUCCUUGGCUUGGCCAUGGGGACCACAGAGUGUGUGCUCCUGGCCACGAUGGCCUUUGAUCGCUAUGUGGCCAUCUGCAAGCCCUUGAGAUACCCCAUCAUCAUGAGUAAGAUUGUAUAUGUGCAGAUGGCAGCUGGCUCCUGGGUAUCAGGGGGUGUCAACUCCUUGGUGCAAACGAUUCUUGUGGCCCAGUUGCCUUUUUGCAGGAAUAAUGUCAUUAAUCAUUUCAGCUGUGAAAUCCUGGCAGUCAUGAAACUGGCCUGUGCUGACAUCUCUGGCAAUGAACUUAUCAUGAUGGUAGCCACCACAAUAUUCAAUUUGGCUCCAUUGCUACUGAUUGUUGUCUCUUACACCUUAAUCAUCUCCAGCAUUCUAAAGAUUCACUCAGCUGAGGGAAGGGGUAAAGCUUUUUCUACCUGCUCAGCCCACCUGACUGUGGUAAUUAUAUUUUAUGGGACCAUCUUGUUUAUGUACAUGAAGCCCAAAUCCAAAGAAUCACUUAAUUCAGACAAAUUGCAAGCCACAGACAAACUCAUUUCCAUGUUCUAUGGGGUCGUGACUCCCAUGAUGAAUCCUUUAAUCUAUAGUCUCAGGAACAAGGAUGUGAAAGAGGCAGUUAAACAUCUGCUAGGAAGGAAGACGUUUAGCAAAUAA